AUGCCGGACCAUUUAAUUGGUGUAAAGUUAUAUAUCAUUGCCAACUUUUUUUGCUUUUCUUCAUCAAGAAGGAAGUCUAAAUUCCCUGCUAUAGUUUUCAAAUUUUCAUCUGCAAGAUUUUUAAAGUUUUCAAAAGAAAAAUUAGUAAAAGUAUUGGAAACUUGUCGAAUACUCUAUAACGAUUUUCUAGCCGAAAGGAGAGAUAAAUACGAAAAAGAGAAAGGCAAAAUAACUUGUUUCGAGCAAAUUAACUCCUUACCUACUAGAAAAGAAACUAAUAAUUUUUUAAAAGAAGUUCAUUCACAAAAAAAACUUAAUAUCGCGGAAAAUAUUCAACUAGAACCCCAUUCUUUACGCCGAGCAUUUGCUACUCACAAUGCCAUUAAUGGCGUGCCUUUGCCGCUGAUACAGCAACAAUUAGGACAUUUCAAAAUAAGCACUACGGCGAUAUAUAUCAAAGAAGUGGGAUUAGCCAAUUUGGCAAAAUGUGAACUAAUUUAG